AUGACAAUCAAGUACUACCAAUGGUACGGCAAGAACGUGCGCUCCGGGGUGCUGGGGGAACUUAUGCGGCACUGGCAAAUUGAGCAAAAACAUUUAGUUCGCAGUGGCAGCUACAAGGGUGAAUUGGAGGUGGUGAAGUGGCGGGGACUGAAAACAGACUGUGCCAGCAGCCUGGGGGUGCUGCUGAUUGUGGGCACCCUGCUACAAAUUCGGGGUCUUGCCGUGCAGUGCCAACACAAAGCGCUCGCCUUGCUUCGCGACGUGUGCAACUUGUCAACCUGGCCAGCGCCACUCAGCAUCCUUCCUGAUUUGGCCUUCCAGGUUGAGAACGGGAUGAUACCCUUGGGGGAUCUGGUGCUAGCGCUACCUGCAGCCGGCCAAUCAGCUUUGAAAUCCAGGUGGGAAAACCAACAAGCUCUUGGCCCGGCAAGACGCAAUUUGAUGGGCAGUGUGAAUUUGGCGGACCUGCUCUUCUUCUUCCUACGCCAGCCAGUCAGCGCCGAGGAAUCAGUCAUUCCAGGGCUACCAAUUGCUCGUGUGCAAAAGCGAUUACUGCACCUCAUUUCCCAGCGAGUUGAAUUAUCAAUGAGCAACGGGCAUGUUCGCAUGUACACCACGCCUCCCUCGGUGUCCGAAAGCAGUUUCGGGGCAGUCGCGGUUGAGGAACACCCCUGGUCAAGCGCGACAAGGCCACAGGCGGCCAGCCUUCUACGCCAAGAACUUGUUCGGCGGUUUUUGACGCGUGGCACUGGGUUUGUGGCUGGCCUAAGCAACGCAAACAACGAAGACCUCGCUGAGAUGAACAAGAUCCCUGGAGCCGCGAACUCCAACGCUGGCACGGAUGCGGCAGCGCAAUUUGUGACUGCCUACUUUGCUAAAGCAGCGGGCGAGCUCGUUCGCAUUCUAUCGAAACAACACUUCAAGCAUUUGUGUGUCUACAGUGAUUCAGCCAAAGUGCUGACGAUUGCAGUGUCUGCCGACGGUCUGGUGGCUUGUUCGCCGUUGUCGACCCUCCCGCAACUCAAGCUUCCGCACGAGAAAGCUCCCGAGGAGCACUUCCUUGCUGUGCAAGACGACGAGGUUUCUCUGCCCCUGCACCGGCUGACCCGCAAGCACAUUUCCAAGCGAGUGCUCCACACAGCAGCGAAAGUACCCACCCGGGUCAAGCUGCUCGCAUUGAACCAAAGCCUUGCCAACCUGCUGAAUUUGAGGCUCGGGGAUGCGGUGCCUCCACGCGCCCUUCGGCCAGUUAGCACAGGUGAGAAGCGAGUGCGUGUGCAGGCCAAGGGCCUCGACCUGGCCUAUCUGUGGAACAGCUCAACCAAGCAAGCCACAUGGCAGUCGUGCGACCACCCGUCUUUUGCGGAUGUGGUCCGCCUUUCGAGCUUGACAGAUGAAGGGGACACCGUGCUCGCCUUGCAGAUGGCUGCGGGAGGUCUUGCUGUCUUUCCCCACAGAGACUUCAUGCACAAGCUCGCCCGCGAGGAGGUCCUGGCCAUUAACGAUGUGUCUGAGAUGAGCGUUGCCGUAAAGGAGGUGCUACUUGUCAUGAAAUUUGAAGCAGCGCCCUGGCACUCAGGGAUGUUUGGGACGCGGCUGCGCGAGGCAUUUGGCUUCGUGCAACAGCUUCCAGUGCCCCAUUUGCUGCUGGACGUUUGUGGGCCCGGAAUCAUCCGCGACCUUGAGAUGGAUCCGCGCACCUCGCAGGCCGAGCUGAAGCAGGUUCUGAUCAACUUCGCUGGCCACGGCGGAGGCUUCAGGACAGGCGGGGACACGAAGCUGUCCAGGUGGGCAGACUUCCUGGACAAUUUCAACCGGCUCCGUCGCAGCUGGCAUGCUCGGCUUUUCUACCUCCUGCUGGCUUUCACUGUGGAAGGAAAGCAUCCACUAGAUGCGCUGGCGUGCGCUCGGAGCGAACGCGAAGACUCCACCGCCAUCAUGCCCAAAGUGCUUCGGGUACUUGUGAAGCCUGAUUCACUGGCAUUGGCAAAGAGCUUCCGAUACUGCCUGCUGCCUUUUCGCAGCUUUCAAGCAGCAGAGGUGGCCGCAGACACCCAGCCGGCAAGCCAUGCGUCGCUAUUGCGCUUCGUGGCUCUACAGUGGACAGACUUGUGCCUGAAAACCUUGCGCUCCGCUCUGCAGGGUGAUCACCUCAGUGACAUCGCCCACGACGUGCGGGGAGACCUGGAGCUGGAACACGACCUGCUCUCCGUGCACUUCCGAUUUACAGUAGCCACUGUCAGGCGCUUCCUGGAGUUCUCGUUGAUCUACCAGCACUACCCGUGGCGUUGCUUCCUGCUGCUCGACGAGGACCCUGCUGUGGUGGAAGCGACGCUCAAGGGCAUGCAGAAUGAGUGGGAGUUCGUGCUGGCCCAGGAAGCGCGCUUGCCGAACUUCGGACGCUGGCCCUGGUCGGAGAUGCCGCACCUCCGGUGGUACGCGUACCGCGAACUAAUGACGUUCAUGGAGGAGCGGCGAUGGAGCAUGACCGAGGAAGCUCGUGCGCUGAUACAUGCAUGGUGGCCUGACCCGGCUUCCACCUUAGGCUGCGAGGACGUGUUCCGGUCCUUGCGUGCCGCGGAGAAGAAAGCGGUCAACAAGCAGGCGAACCCUGCUCAGCUUCAGGCUGUGUCGAUCAAGGCGGUGAACACGCGGUACAGCCAGUACCGCACGGUUGAGUGCCGGCCCUCGGAUGUGCACUCCAUCCCUGCCACCGGCUGCCUGAGGCGCACGGUGUUCGACCCUUCCAGGGCGAGCGCUUCUGACACUGGCCUGGACGGGUUUGCGCAGCUUGUGCGCGCCAAGACGCCUAGCCCGCACCACUUUGUGCGCAAGGGCUUGAAUUUGCUUCAGGCCCUCAAGGUCGCCGAAGGCGACACUGGGAGUUUUUGGACUGCGCAUCUUCUCCGGCCCUCGACGGUACCUGAGCUGCAGCUGUCACAGGUGCUGCAAGUGAACUCGGAUUACUUCCUUGUCAUGGACGCGCCGUACGUGCAUACGAAGUUGUGGCCUUUGAACAAGGUAGACGGCGCUGAGAGCCUAACUGUGACUAUGGACGUUACAGAAUGGCGCAUGCAGGAGCCUAGCAGUGUGCGCGCGGUUUUUCGGCUGCUGUGA